AUGGGGCAAUCAAUCCCCGAUGAUUACCGUGAAUGUCCGCUAGUCCCUUACCAUAGCAGUGUUAGUCGUGGCCAUGUCGGCGAUAUCACUGCCAUUGACAAGGUAGUGGCCCUACUAGCGACAGUCCGACUGAUCGCGAAUUACGACGUGACCGUGUCGAAGGACUCGAGGGCGGGUUUCAAAAACCAUUCAGUGCCGAACUGCUGUUUGAAGGCUCGGGAGAUUGACUUACCGAUGCUCCACAAAGCUGUCAGAGCCAAGAUGGAGCUCGCUGUGCCAAACAAGGACCGGCCCGACGUGGAGCCUAAGGGUGAGGUCGCCGGUGCCGUCAAUGAAAACCGGCGGCGGCGACUGCGGAGACGCGUUUGUGCCACGACGCCACGAAAGGAGGAGCUCGUUAAAGCCCCCAUUCGUCAUACUCAGACCUCGACGCUGGCAAGAGAGUCGGAGCGAGAAGGUAGACGUAGGGAUGGGGAAAGAACGGAACGUCUCCGGUAUCCGUCGCCACUAAGACAGCUUGCCAUCAAGAAGGUCUACUUUACCGCGGUCAACGACAAGCUCAUAGGUACCAAUGGCCCCCUUCGGAUCCACAAGAACUCGCCAUACCUAAGCUAA